CCUGCAUCUGUGAUUCUUCUGAAGAAAGAAAAACUCGUGCUGAAGCGACUGAGAGACGCACUAUUAUAAAGAUGGCGUUUAUUAAAGAGGAGAGUGAAGACAUGAAGAUUGAAGAAGCUCUCAGAGUCAAACAUGAAGAGACUGAGGAACAAACAGACCUGAUGCCACUGAAAGAGGAGAGUCAAGAACUGAAUGAAAUGGAAGAGAAAGAUCAGAAUGAGAAACGCCAUGAUUUCAUGACUGGGGAAAAAUCUUUUACUUAUUCGCCGACUCAAAAAACAGAAACCAGAAGCCUUGAAUUCCAGAUGAGGGUUCACACUGGAGAGAAGCCUUAUGUCUGCCAACAGUGUGGAAAGAGUUUAAUUCAAAAAGACAGCCUUAAAGCCCACAUGAAAAUUCACAGUGGAAAGAAGCCUUACACCUGCAAACAGUGUGGGAAGAGUUUCUCACUAAAAGGAAACCUUAACAGUCACAUGAGAAUCCAUGCUGGAGAGAAGUCGUUCAUCUGUUCUCAGUGUGGAAAGAGUUUUAAACAGAAAAAGUACCUUAAUGCCCACUUGACAAUUCACACUGGAGAGAAGCCUCACACCUGCAAACUGUGCGGGAAGAGCUUCACGCGAAAAGAAAAUCUUACAAUUCACAUGAGAAUUCACACUGGAGAGAAGCCUUACAUUUGCCAACAGUGUGGGAAGAGCUUCACACAAAAAGAAAGUUUUAAAAUUCACAUGAGAAUUCACACUGGAGAGAAGCCGUUCAUCUGCUCGCAGUGUGGGAAGAGUUUCAAACAGAAAAAGUACCUCAAUGGCCACAUGAGAGUUCACACUGGAGAGAAACCGUUUGUUUUUUCUACAGGUGCAACUGAAUAUUGA